AUGCUAAGAGAGGAAGAUGCUGAUAUCUUAGGAGUAUGCGAAACUCAUCUAGAUUCAAUAGGCAAUAGUAGAGUUGUAGUUGCAGGGUAUCAAUGAUUUGGAAAUGGAUGCUCAGAGAGUCAAUGCGGUGUGGGGUUUCUGGUGAAAAGAGGAAUGAAAUGUAAGAUCAUAAAAAAUAAGCAUGUGAAAGAUGAGGGUAGAUGCAUUUUGAUAGAAAUUGAGGGUAAACUGAUCAUGGAAGCUUACGCCCCGGUGGAAUGUGCGAGCGCUCCGAAGAGAGAUAGCUUUUUCGAUGAUAUGGCGGAAGAAAUUGCUGCAAUCAGUGUUAUGGAUAGAAGUCUUAUAAUCGUGGGAGAUUGGAAUGCACACAUUGAAGGUUUUUUCAUCUACUAA